AGAAAAGUCCACGAGAAAAGGCUCCAAAAUUGGCCUAUAUAAACCCUCCUCCACCUCACCCCAUCCAAAGAAUUUCCAGCAGCAGCAGCAGCUCUCUCACUCCCUCCUCUUCCCUCUUCCACUCUCGAAGCGCAGCUCUCUUCAGCUUCCCUUCCAAAACCCAAGCAAAGCCAAAGCCCCGGAGCACCACCAGGUGGUAGCAGCCAGCAGGCCGGUGCCCCCAAGCUGCGAGGCUACAGCUAGUACAUCUGACAGAGCCCGACCACAGCCAUGGCAGCCGCCGGAGCAGCGCUGCGGCUGCGCCUGCUGUACCGGAUGCUGCGCGUGGGGGAGCUCCUCGCGCUGGUGGCGUUCCUCUCCUGGUCGUCGUCCCGCGUCCCGUCCGCCGCCGCCGCCGCGCUGCGGCUCGCGGGGUCGCUCCUCCUCAACGCCCGCUUCGUCUUCGUCCUCGGGAACGCCAUCGUGCUCCUCCUCCUCGCGCUGUCGCGGCACGACCUCUCCGCCUCCUCCUCCUCCAGCGGCCAGCAGACGAGCACGGCGGCGGCGACGAGCACGUCCGCUGCCCCGCCACCGCAGGAUGCCGCGCCGGCCGCUGCAAGCGACAGCUUCCCUUCCUCGUUCGCCGGUACUCCGAUAACUCCACCGCCUCCCGCCACCUCGCUGGAAGCCUUCAGCGCGCUGCCGGCGGCUCCAGCGACGGAGCCAGCGGCAGCCGCUUUGAACACGGGCACGGCGUUCGACGACAGGCCACUGCAGGCGGCGUCGGCGGCGGUGGCGCGGGUGAGCAAGCAGGCGCGCGCGCCGAGGCGGAGCAGGUCGGAGAAGAUGGGCCCGCGGGUGCUACAGCUGAGGCGCGCGGCGUCCCCGCCGCCGACCCCCGAGCUGCGGCGGUCCGAGUCGGAGAACGGGCGGCGGCGGUCGUCCGUGUCGGCGCGCGACGCUCGGGCGUGCGGAUGGGGCGCGGACGACGCCGACGAGUUCCGGCGCACCGUGGAGGCGUUCAUCGACAAGCACAAGCGAUUCCACCGCCAGGAGUCCAUGACGAUGGCCGUCGUCGCCGGCUCCGGCUCCAGCGGGCACUGCGAGGCGGCCCCGGCCUUCACCGGCGCCCUCGCCGUCGUCGAAUAAUAAGUCUUCACCGGCGCAGUUGGCAGCAGAGUACAUAGCGGAGGCGGAGAAGCUUCCCUGGCUGAACUUGUCGUCUCGUGUUCAUAGUUUGCCUCCCAAGGCUCCUUCGUGUUCUUCACAGGGGGGAUGCCACCUUUUUUUUUUCUGUGUUUUUUUUUAUUUUCUCGGCGCGUGCGUUUCUUCGUUUCGCCAUAGGAACCCGCAGCUGCGACUACGAACGGGGGUUUAGAGAGCCGUUCAGGUCUGCCGUUGGAUCGCGGCGUGGAUCGGAUCCAACAGAACGAUCUUUAACCUGUGCUCUGAUCUGGCAACGAAGGGAAAUGGACGAAAAUUGCAUGCAUGCUGGAUGUUUCGUUCGUUCGUCUCUGGUGCUGCCGAAUUUCUUGUGCUCGGCUGCAGUGGAUGAAUGGAGAGUGAACCGUGUGACAAAUGACGCGACGCGUCAGACAAAUCCAGAAUCGGAUGCCAAGUGGUAACCCUUUAAGCAUCACCUUUUAUCAAUCAAUUAUCACCACUGUGCAGUGCAGACAUAGGAGUACUGUAUGCAGGGUUACAUUA